UGUGGGGGUGCAAGGCCCAAAAAAAGCCACCAAUGUCUUCCACACGUGAGGGCGGGAGGUCUCAGCUGUGGCGGGGACCCUGAGUGCAGUCCUUUUACAUUCUAACCUGCCGACGCCAGGACAUCCAGCAUGGGCAGAGGGUGUGGUGCCGAUGGAGGGAAGGCGAAGAAGAAGGAAAGGGACUUGGAUGAGCUAAAGAAGGAGGUGUCCUUGGACGACCACAAAAUAUCUCUGGAUGAUCUGGGAAAACGCUAUGGAGUGGACCUCACGAGGGGCCUGACCAGCGCCAGAGCGUUGGAGAUUCUUGCCAGGGACGGUCCAAACGCCCUGACCCCUCCCCCCACCACACCUGAGUGGGUCAAGUUCUGCCGUCAGCUGUUCGGCGGCUUCUCCAUCCUGCUCUGGAUCGGUGCCAUCCUCUGCUUCCUAGCUUACACCAUCCAGGUGGCCACGAGGAGCACAUGA